AUGGAUAGCUUAGAAGUUCCAAAGGAUACAAAAAAAGAAGAAAAGCACUUUAUUUCUCGUGAGAAUUCUCCGAAUAGCAAAGCUUCUAAUUCUUAAAAUGCAGAAAACACAAAUCCCAUAAGUUAGUUUAAUGAUGAAAUUGUUUAAAUGCUUGAAAAGCUUGACAUGAAACACCUUUCUAUCAACUCUUUAGACAAAGAUGUUGAAGAGUUGAAACAAAAAUAUGCUACUAUUCAUGGGGAAUAAUUUUUAAAGAAGGCAAAUACUGUGAGCAAUGUUUUUAUUUCAAUCAAAAAGUUGAUAGAACGCUGCUACAAACAUAUCUUCAAGAUUUAUAAUCAGUCUUUAAGCGACUAUGAUAUUCCUAAAAAGUAAUAUGUGUUAAUGGAGAUAUAAGAUUUCUUAGAUUACAACAAGAUUAGUCAUAAAGUGAGUAAUUAAUUAGAAAAUAAAAUAAAAUUGAGCAUAAUCACAGAUUGCUAGAUAUUUAUUUUCCUUUUAUCUUAAAUUCCCUCAAUAUACGUGACUUUCUUUGAGAAAGAUUUCUUUCCCUACUUAGAAAACAUUGAAAUACUAGAUGAUGAGAUAGAUUUGCAUCUCUGCAAAGAAGUAAUUGUCAAAAAAAUAUCAGAAUAGAUGACCAGUAUGAUGUCAAUAAAUAGUGAUUACAUCAUUUCAAUCACAAAUAAUUACUUUGAAGUAUUUAUUGAAUUGAUGAAUACAAAAAUUGCUAUUCUUUUUACAGAAUGUAAAAGUUCUAUGACUUCCUACAUUAAUGAAUUUUAAAGUGCCACCGAAAAAGCAAAUCUUUGUAAUCGUUACGUAAUCAUCGGCUUGUUGAGAGAGCUUUCAAAAAGAUGUAGAAAUAAGAUUACUUAAAUCCUUUCUGAAUCUCUCUUUGCUCUAAUUGAUCCUGAAGUUACCCAAAACUUUGUGUCAUUCAUCAUUUAAUCCAAUGAAUUAUUUGAUUUGAAGUAUGAAAAAAAUUUUGAUAUUUCCAAAUACUUUGAGUUUGAUAAUGAUGCUUUAGGUUAGUAGUUUAAUUAAAAGUAAGAAGAAAACGUGGCAAAACAGAACUUGUAGUAAUAAAUUUAAGAUAAGCUUUAAAAAAUAAUGAAAUAAAACGAGAAGCUAGUAAUUUGCAAUUGUGUAAGAAAAGAUGGGCAUCAUGGUUUCUUCAUCGAAAGAGAAGAUGGUAAGCAAUUCUUACUGCAUAAGAACAUAAAAGGAAAACUGAUCUUGCUAAAUGCUAAAUAUAUGUCAGAUGGUUGGAUGAAAGAAGAAUAAGAUGAGUAAUAAAAAACACUCAAAUCAUUUGAUUAGUUAAUUUAGUAGGUUAAAGAAAAAAAAGAAGGAGAUUUUCUCCAAGAAAAUGGAAAAAAUCUUCCUCCACCAGACUUAAAUAAAUCAAGUCCAUUAUAUAUAAACUCUGCAGCAGGAGAUUUAGGUAGCUCUCUAGGUUAUUGUUUAGCUAACAUCAACAAAUAUUAAAGCACAACUGAUUUCCUGAAAGAUUUUGGUAAAAUUGCUACUAUUAAUGGAAGCAUUACUUAUAUUGUUCAAAAACUUCCAAUUGUUGGAACCCUACUAAUGAUAGGCGGUUUAGGAUUUUCAACAUAUUAACUGUAUUAAAACAAAGUGGCCAACAGUAAAAGUAAAAUGGGAUAAAUAGGAAAAAUGGCUCUUGGUACUGGAUCAACAAUAACAGCUUCAUUUUCUGGUGCAUUGAUUGGUUAAGCAGUAAUUCCAGUUCCUAUAUUAGGCGCUUUUAUAGGAGGAGUUAUUGGUGGAAUAAUUGGAGGUACGUCCAGUAAUUAUGCUAUCCAAAUGCUUAACAAGUCAAAAUUCGAUUUAAUGAUUUAAAAACUUGAAAAGAGUAUUCACCCGUAAGGAUAUUGGGAAUAUUCUAGGGAUAUGCUAAAUCGUUUAGGAAUAACUAAUAAAUAUUUCUAAAGCUCAAUUCCAGAAACAUUAUAAACCACCAACAUUGAUAAGUAGGAUUAAUGGAUGACAAUGUGCUGCUAUGGUAUGUUAAGCACUUAUUAUUCUACUAAAGAAUAAAAAUAAAGAGAAAAGCUUCAGAAAAAACUGAAAAAAUCAAACAAUCAAUAGGAAUAACAAGAAAUUCUUGAAUAAUUAGAGUAUGCCAAAGAGUGGUUACCUGCGAUAUAAAAUUCAUAAAUAUGGCUUCUUGAUAGAGAUAUACUAAUUUUAAAAUAUUUAAUAUAGAUAGAAGAGUUCAUUAAAACUGUUAUAAGUAGUGCUUGA